UGUCUUGUAGAAUGACAUAUUGGUUUUUCACUAAUUCAUUCGGUAGUGAGUAUUAGUUGUUUAGUUGAGGUUUUGUGGAUUUCAGGUUUUAAUGUUUUCAAGACUUCCCAAAGUCUGUUAUCCAGGUUGAUCUUAUUUACACAUCUUGGUUUCAUUGAGAAGAAAUCCGUCCCAGUGUUUUGAGUCGAAUGAGACCCAAACACAAAAUCCUUCCACCGGCAUCCAGCUCUCCAGUAAAUCAUUGUUUCUGGGACUCUUCGUCAGCAGUAAUGUUCCAGAUCUUUACAGUGCAAGAAUCCAAGGCUUAACACAUAGAUGUGCAGCAGGGGCCCCGUUGUUCCCCACAAAAUGUUAAUGGCCGGAAAUAUUAAUAAUCUUGUGCAUGGGGCUCUGGCCUUUGAUGAUCUGUUGACGAAACUGAUCCGGCAGUUUUGAGUGACUGGCUAAUGGCAUUCCUCACACUUGCUCUAUCAUUGGCUGGAGAGAGAAUGAAAGUGUACGGCAGCCCUUGGGGACUCCCAAAUGGUCAAGUGCCUUUAACGUCCCUGCUUCAUCCCAGCUUUACUACCAGCCCCUUUGAGCACCCUUUUUUAUCCACACUUUUUUUUAGCCGUUUGAGUGUCUGGCAGACGCUCAGUGAGAGGGCGCGAGUGGGCUAACUUUCAUUACUGCUACUGAUCCCAGAGUCACCGGAGGCCGAUCCAAAACAACACUGCUCAACAGAAAGACUGGACCUCCAUUGGGAUUCAGUGCAGAAAAACCUCCUGUGACUCUCGGGAAGCAACUCGUUGGAUUUUCUUGUGGGUAGAAAGUUUUUUUUCUACCAUGAAGCAAACUUGGGACAAGGGAGUUUUUGAGAACGGCCAGUCAAACAUUCCAGGGAAUGUUGGGAAAGCUUCCGCGGAACACCUCCAGAGUACCUCAGGAGAAAAGCUUGAUAAUAAGUCAGCUCCUCUGGCUGGUACUCAUGGAGGAGUGGGUCAGAACCUACUGCUGAGUCCUGCCAGUCUUCAGCUGGCUCAGCUUCAGGCCCAGCUCACCCUACACCGCCUCAAACUCGCCCAGACUACCAAUACAGCUGCCGCAGCCACUGUCUUAAAUCAGGUUCUUUCCAAUGUGGCCAUGUCCCAACCUCUCUUCAACCAUCUUCGGGGUUCCAGCAUAGCUCAGGCCCACAGUGGGGCAUUUCCACCUACACCCUUAGCCUUCCCACCACCAAAUGCUGCAUUGGGACAACUGGUUGGUGGUGGCUUUGCCCCAAAUCCCACUGGAAUCAGGCCCACCAACUACAGUGGGGUGUCCAACCAGAAACCUAGUCUGCACAAUGAUUUUGGCAAAAAGCCUAGCACAUAUGCAACGGACACGGACCGUCGCUUGCAGUUUGGAUAUUUGGCAGGAGCUUCAGUGGUCACUAGUAAAGCAUGUGAUGGUGGACAGUAUGGUGGAGCCUCUAACCAACCCAGAAACAAUGUCCACAGCAAUUUUCAAAGAGACUUCUACUCCUCUGAAACACCAGUACAACAAACUGGUUUCAUGGGAGGAAACCAUGAUCAGAAUCUGGGAUCAGCCUCUAAGGAUCAUUGGAAAGGUCCAAUCAACUUGGGGAAGAUGGAUAUAGGUACAGGAAUGGGUUCUGGGGGUUGGGUACCACCUGGACCAGGGUUUGUGGGUCAAAGAGCAGAGUUGUACAAUCCAGAGGAACCCACAGCAGAUCCUAAGUUCAACUCGACAUGUGGCCCAGGAGUUGGCCCACCCAUUGGACAGCAAGGGGGAAUUCAACAGCAGCCACAGGUUUCUCAGGGAGAGGAAGGGGUGACCUUGCAAUUGCAACCCCACCAGUUCAAUGACUAUCAUGGGACAAUACCUUCACACCUACCCCAUCAGUGCACCAUUUGUGAGAAGAAGGUUUACAACCUGAAGGACUGGGACCAGCAUGUGAAGGGCAAGUUACAUCUGCAGAACUGUUCACUCUACACCGAAAGCCCGACGCUCGGAGCAGUGCACUUUCCAGUGUCGUCUGAAGGAUGUCUCAACAUGGCAUUGAGUAACACUAUGGCAUACACGUCGGCUGCCAGUCAAGAUGCUUCAACUGGAAGUGCUUCAUAUUUCCCUGCCACAUCCAUGAAGUCAUUUCCUCUCACAGGGGCGGGAUUUACUUCGCACCAAUCAGGGGUAAAGUUUGUUCAGCGUAAAGCCUGUCCCGGACGCGUCGUGCACAUCUGUAACCUCCCGGAGGGCAGCUGCACGGAGAAUGACGUCAUUAACUUAGGGCUUCCCUUCGGCAAAGUGACCAACUACAUCCUCAUGCGCUCGACGCAUCAGGCUUUUCUGGAAAUGGCAUACGUGGAGGCGGCGCAGGCGAUGGUGCAGUACUACCAGCUGCAGCCGGCCUCCAUCAACAGACACAAGCUACUGAUCCGCAUGUCCAAGAGAUACCAGGAGCUGCAGCUGAAGAAACCAGGUAAAGAUGUUGAUUCUAUAAUCCAAGACAUCACUUCCCAGAGAGGACGAGACGAGAUGCAGGAGAUUGACAGGUAUUUACCUGAGCGUGCCAGAUCGCGCAGUCCAGUCAGUCGUUCUCUGAGUCCACGCUCACACAGUCCCAGCUUCACUUCCUGUAGCUCCGCCCACAGUCCAUCGGGGCCGUCCUGUCGGCCUGACUGCAGCAAUGGCAUGGGGCCCCGCCGGACCUCUUGGGACUGGACAUCCCAUUCCCGAUGCGACGAGGACCCCCGCGAAAGAGACGACUGGAGGAACGACGAGGAAGAGAAGCCUAAUGGAUGGCUGUCUGAGCGCAGGAAACCCUACCUUAAAACUGGGGACCGGAUCAGUCCACGUAUGGGCCCCGGGGACGAGAGAGGCAGGGACUGGUACCCCCGCGGAAGCCCUCUGGGUUCAUCCUUCUCCUCCUAUCACUCCACAGACGACUUCUACAAGAAAGACUCGCUGUACAAGACUGAUAAACAGAGCAGGCCACAACAUCAGAGACAUGAGGGGAAAACAAAGAGAAGGGAAGGGGGCGACUACCACAGACCCAGACACUCAGAGUCAGACGUGAUGGACGACACACACUCCAACCGGACAGCUGAAGACAGAGGACGCAGCAAGAGGCCGAGCCGGAGACAAGAGAAAGAGGAGAAGGAGUCAGAAAAUCAGAAGGAAGAACAUAGAGUCAAAGAAAGAUCAACGUCUCCUCAUAACAGCAAACCUGUAAAGUCUUCAAAGUGUGACAAAGAUGGUGACAGCGAGGGACUGGAAAGUGUAGAUGAUGGAGAGGAGGAGAGCUGGUAUCCUAAAAGCAUGGAGGAACUGGUGACCGUAGAUGAAGUCGGAGAAGAGGACGACUCUAUAGUUGAACCUGAUCUACCUGAUCUUCACGAGGAGGACCAGAGAGUCGAGCCCAGUCAGUCGACCACAGACAGCCCUAAACCAAAUCCAAAGACCCCAGCAGAAGGCGAAGAGACCACGGUGGAUGCUCCUACCCUUCCACUGCUGGAUCUGGUCCCAGAAGAAAGCUCUGGAGGUGCUCAGUCCAGCCCCGGAGAGAGACCAUCUGCCCCAGAGCAACCGGUCUGUCAACUCAGCUGCAUCCCAUCCCAGGAGUUGAAGAGCGCUUUGGAGGAGACCUGCUCCUCCACUCAUCUGGACACACAUAUCGACACCACCACAGCAGCCGACCCCCUAAACAACAGCAGCUCAUGUGAAAGUGGGAAACUGAAGGACUUGAGUAAUGAUGAGAGAAAGACAGCAGAGAUGGACCACAAGGAGCCAUGUCUCAAACAGGAGAGUCAGAAGAAAGAUAUUCCUGACUCAUUACCGGCAUCUUCACCUCAGGCAACAGACAUCUUUGCUGUGUCACCCUCUCAGGAGCAGGAGAAAGCCAUCAGUGAACACAGCAUACCGUUAGGUGUGGAGUUCAUUGUGCCAAGGACGGGGUUUUAUUGCAACCUGUGUGGUUUGUUUUACACCAGCGAACAAACAGCCAAGACGUCACACUGUCGCAGUACAAUUCACUACAGGAACCUACAGAAGUAUCUGUCGCAGCUGGCAGAGGAAAGUCUCUUGAACUUCCACACAGAGUCGCCAAACACUGAAUGAAGCUCACGUGAGACUAUCAGGACUGCACCACUGCUGGGAUUAUGCUGAGAGACACAAAACAAGGACGAAAGAGGAUGGGACGCAAGGAGAACCAGAGCAAUUGGGUCCUCUGUGUGUGCUCUAGUUCAUAGCAAUAUGAAUUGUACUAAAGUUUUCAUGAGUUAAUGAAAGCUUAUUAAAUGUCAGAUACUUUAAAAGAGUAGUUCACAGAAAAAUGUAAGUUCCAAAUACUUAUUACUUUUUGUUCUUUGAAAUAUAUAUAUAUAUAUAUAUAUAUAUAUAUAUAUAUAUAUUUUUUUUUUUUUUUUUUUUUUUUACAGAGGAAUUCAAGCAUUUUGUGGUUACAAAAUUUACAAAGCACCAUAAAAUUAUCAUAAAAGUAGUCCAUGCAACAAGGUGCACUAUAUUAAUUUAGUUUCAUCAUAGCCAUGAUUCGGCUAAAAUAAGGGAAAUAAUCAGGGUUAUUGUCGCAAACUAAAACCAUAAAUAUGUUACUUGAAACAAAUGUUAACUGGAAGAAAAAAAAAAAAUAUAUAUAUAUAUAUAUAUAUAUAUAUAUAUAUAUAAACCCUAAAACUUAAAUUUUAUUUCAGCUGAUUGCUAAGGCAACAUUUCUUAUUUUCAUUUAAUUAAUUUAACUUUAAGUACUAAAAUAACUAAACCUAAAAAUAAUUCAUGAAAAUGAACAAAUAACAAAUAAAAACUAUAUAGACAUAUAAAAAAUAAACAAGAGCAAAACAAAAAGAAUUACUAAAAUGGACAAACAAAAAUGAAUAAAAAUUCAAUUGAAUUCACAAUAUUAACAAAAACCUAGUAAUAUAACAUUAGAAAGAAUUAGUACAACAUGGCUGUGAUUUACUUAAAAUGAGGAAAACAAUUAACAAGACGUGCGAAAUAAUUCUUAAUUCAUGACCACAGUAUCUUUUUAUCCAACAUGUUAUUUGUACUUGACAGCCCCAGUCUCCAUUCACUUUCAUUUUAUGGAAAAGAGCAGCAGGAACGUUCUACAAAAUAUCUUCAUUUGUGUUCCACAUAAAAAGUCAGUCAUAUAGGUUUAAAACACGAGAGUACAUGAUGACAAUUUUCAAUUUUCUUUCAACUCAGUGUGUCCUGUCCUUAUUUGUUGGACAAAAUGCAGUGUGUGUGUCCUCGUAGUCCAGCAUGGAGUUUGUAUUACACUGUGAAAACCCUGUCUCAGAAUGUGAAAUGCACUGGUAAGUGUUGUGUUUACAGCAUCUGCAUCUGCCUCAUUCAUACUCUACUAAAGCUUGCAUACAUGUUGAAUUUUCUCUGUGGUGGACAAAUAUAAACUUCACCUCAGAAGUGCCUAAUUUACCCUUUUUUUUUUCAUUUGAAGAGAUGUGAAAUUAUCCUCAGGCUAAUACUUGUGAAUACUCUGUUGAUGCUCUUUAAAUUAUUAGAUAUUGUCAUUCAUCAGGUCUUCAAUCUGUUUCAUGCUUGAAAUAUACACUUUUUCAAAGUGCCUUAUAAUGUAUUAAAAGCCCCAAAUCCUUUCAAAUCAGCUGUACACAAUGUAAAGCUGCUUCUGUAUAAUGUCUGCCGUUCUGUUUUGCUUUUGAUUUUCAUCAUUGCUGUACACAAUGCUCAGACUUUAUGGAUACUUGAACUGGACCAUGUUUAUUUAUCUAAUAUCCAAUUUAUAUAAAGCUGAGUGAGUGUUUUAGUGCUAGUAUAUUAUUGGAAUGGACUUUUUCUCCUGCUGUUUUAUAUUCUGUUAAUAAUAGCACUCAAUUUCAUGGAAGAAAAAUAUGUAUAAAUCGUUUGGGUUGCAUUGAUGCAAACAUUAAAUAAACAUUUUGGAAAAUAA